CGUCCCCAACCAAGGUGGGACCCCAGCACAACACCUCUGAAGCGCAGCUGUCUGACUGGCCUCAUUUGCCGUAUCGAUAGAGUUCUCAAGAUAAAAUGGAAGGAAAAAUACAAACUGAAAUUCGUCUUUGCUAAACUUUUUUUUUUUUUUUUUUUUGUCUUUGGUCUGCUUUUAUUCUAAUUUAUUCUCAAAACCAAGUUCCUGUCCACGAUUAUAAAAACAACGACACGACGGAAAUGGUGGCGGGGUGUUUCGUCCCUCGCAGACGACCCCGGCACAGCUGAAUUCCGAGGGGGCGCCCCCACACCCUGGGCGCGAAUCGCCGAAUGCUGGCGAAGUUUGGGCCCUCCCGCUUGUCUUCCGAGCGUCUGUUUCCCGUUGCCGUGGUGACGCUCCCAGGGCAGCGGCGGCGUUGCGGCGCUCUCGCCUAUUGCCGCAGUUCGUGGCUGCGGGACCUCCAGGUGGAGGGCCGAUCGGCCUGCCUCCGCGGCGACCGGGAAGGUGUUGGCUCCGGUAGAAGGGUGGCUGCACGAGGAGUGAGUAGCCACUCGGAGCAGGUCGCGGAGACCCGCGGGCAACGAGUGCGCAGAGGGGCGGACUACAGCUCCCAGCAUGUAGAGGGGUGGCUCGCUCCCCCGCCCUCCCGUGGAGCAGCGGCGGCAGUUGGCAGCUUUGAAAGCAGAUAACAUGCUAUGGAAAGCAGAACGUCAGAAGACAUUGAAAGAAUUGAAAAAGAAAUAGAAAUCGAAUUAGAUGGAAUCAGUGUUUCUUCCUUUGAAGCGGAUGAUCCUAACGCAGAGGUAUCAGAGAAAGCUUUGAGUGACUCUGACACAAUUUCAGAUGACUUGCCUGAAUUGAUUGUCUCCUACUUAGACUUCAUAAAAAACAGAAAUCAAGAUGCUGAAAAUGUUAUACUGCAAGACUUAGAAGAUGAUGAAACUACAGGUAACAAUUAUGACAUAGUUCCUUGCCAUGCUUCAGAUCACUUGUCAGAGUUGGCUGCUGAAUAUAAAGAAGAUCUCGAAAAAAAUAAAGAAAGGGUAUUAUUUGAAAUUGAAAAUGAAGAUUUGCAGAUUGCUACAACACCUAGGUAUAACAGUCAGUCCACCAAUGAAGAAGUGGUCACUGAUGACCAUUUUGUUGCAGCUGAUGUUGAAAUGGGCAUAAGCGUUACUUACCCUGAAAUAGAAGAAAAAUAUAGACAAGAAUUUGAGCAGUGGGAGAAAAGACAAAGUGAGCUUGAAGAUGAGAAGAGGAAAAAGUGGAAAGCUGAGAGGGAAGCACAGGAAAAAGAGAAUGAAGAAGAACAUGCCAGAAGGGUGCAGCGUCUGGAGGAAUUUGAGGCUGAAAGAAUGGAGUUAGAGCUUCUGCACAAGAAACAACAAACUGUGAUGGAAGAUGAGUUACAGAAGGAAAAGAAAGCUUGGAGAGACAAAAUAAUGCAACAUGAGGAAUUGAUCAUGAAGCUACAGUUGCAAAUGGAAGAGGAGAAAAAGGCCUCUGAAGAGCAGAAAGAAAAAGAAAGAAAACGCCUGGCAGAACAAAGGAAUACAGCGGCUGUGAAAAUCCAAGCUAGAUUCAGAACACUUUUAGUCCAUAAAAAAUAUGGUCCUAUCUUAAAAGAGUGGAAAGAUAAAAUACAAAAGGCAAAGAAAACACAAGAAGAAAUUGAGAGAGAAGUUAAGGUAAAAGAGGAAAAAAUGAAAAGGCAAAUGGAAGAAAGGAGUCAAAAAAAAGAAGAGGAAAAAAGGAGACGAGGAGAACUAGAAAGAGAGAAAUAUUUGGAACAGGUAAGGAGGCGUGAGGAAUAUGAGAAAAAGAAAGCAAGUCUGAGACUUGAAAGAGAAAAACAGCUGCAAAUAAGAAGAGAAGAACAGAGAAGAUCAAGAGAAAAAAUAGCAAAAGCCAUGAUGACUGAAACUGGAGAAGACAACAAAGAAAGCAUAAAAGAGGAACAGACAGAAAAUAGGAAAGUAAUAAUAGAAGAGAAAAAGGAACUAAAAAAGCAAAUAGAGGAACAAAAAGAAAAACAGACUGAACUGAUGGAUGAAACAAAUAAUUGGAUGAUUCCUACAGAAGGAAAAUUGACACCAACAAAUAUGCUGAGCUCUGAGAAGAAGGAAGACUCUUCUCAAGUAAAUAAUGAAAACAUAUAUAUGAAUUCAGUAAUAGGCAUAGAAGAAAAUUACUCACAAACUAGGGAACUUGAUAAAGCUUCAAGUAUGAACACUUUGAAGCAUGAAUCUGUUAAUUUUGGAGCUACUGACAUGGUAGGAAAUACACGCAGCAAUUCAUCAAAUACCCAGUCAAAUGCUGGUAAUAGAGAAGUCAAAGAUAAAAUUUAUCAGUCUGGAACAACAAAGAAAUCUGUGUUUCUAGUGGAAGAUGCUAAUAAGGAAGUCAGGGAGAUCUGGGACAGAAUUCAAGAGGUCACUGAUCAUUCCAAUAAACUAAUUCUGCCUGAUGAUAUUGAAAAAAAGAGAAUAAAUUGGAUGAACACAUGUAAAUCAUGGUCUAAAAUAUAUGAGGAAAACAAAAGAAAGAAAUCGAAUAUUAAAAAACGACCAAGGAAAACUUCAGUUAGCAAGAUGCCUCCAUUAAGUAUACAGAAGAUAAUGCAUAGUGGCCCUUGGAGUACUCUGCAGCAGGUCACAGAACUAACACUUGAAGAUUUGCCUGCUUGUAGCCUCUCAACGUUGUCUGAGUGUUCAAAUCUUCAAGUUUUGACUCUGAGACGCUGUGGUCUAGUUGCGCUGGAAGGACUAAGUAGCUGCAAAGACCUGAAGUAUAUCAACGUGGAGGAAAACAGCAUUGAGAUGGUUGACUGUGAAAAUCUAGAAAAUCUCUGUAUUCUAAUUCUGAAUAAGAACCAUAUUUCAUCAGUUUGUGGCUUAGAUGGCUGCAUAAAUCUUCAAAAUCUUGAACUUUCCUACAAUAGAAUCACUCGAAUUGGUGGUUUGGAGUCACUGAAAAACCUUCAGCAAUUAAAUGUGGAUCAUAAUCAAUUAAUCAACACAAAAGGUCUUUGUGAAGCACCUACUCUCAUACACCUAGACUGCUCUUUUAAUCAUCUCACACAAAUUGAAGGCAUUGAGAGUUGUGGACUACUUCAAAUUCUGAAGUUACAAGGCAAUAAUCUACAGGAGCUUCCAAGGCUGGAAAAUCAUGUUCUGCUAAGAGAACUAUAUUUGGAUGACAAUAGCAUUUGUGCUAUGAAAAUGCUUCCUUUGUAUUGGUUGCCUCUGUUGCAGAUUCUUUCACUGUCUCAAAAUAGUCUAACUGAGCUUGUGCCUUUAAAUUCGUUUGUAUCUUUGGAAAAGCUGGACAUCAAAAAUAACUGCUUGUCAGACCUUAAAAGUGUCAUUGCAUGGUUAAGUGGCUGCAAUAAUCUAAGGGAGUUGUUGCUCAGUGGAAAUCCUCUUCUCCAAGAAAGGAAUUGCAAGCCUUACCUAUGCAAGGAACUUCCUAGUUUACAAUUUGUUGAUGGUGAAGACUUAAACUAUCAUACUUUACCCACAACUGAAAGAAUCAAAAGAUCAGAAUCAAGAACUUUUCUGGAACUUUGUCAAGUUCAAAUUGAAGAAAAUCUUAUACUGAAAAACAAGGCUUUUGAACUUGGAAUUGCCUCUUCCAUUGAUGCUGCACAGAGACAAUGCUGGUAUUUUAAUCAGUUAAUGAAACUUAGCAUUGAACAUCGAUGUGCGCAUGAGUAUGGUGAACUAAACAUUACUGACAGAGAUAGACCAGAAGCACUGCAAAAUCAUUUAAAGCAAACAUCCACUGGCUGCCUACAGGAAAAUAACCUCUUUAUCACGGGUGCGACAGAAAAUAAACAGGUCUUGUUGGAUUCUUCUGAAAGAUGGAUUACUACUGACCAUAUUAAGGCCACAUUCAUUAACUCCUCCAUACCUGUGCACCAAAAGGAAAAUAAAGAAGAUCAUAGAGUGAAGCAGAAGAACAUGGAAUCUUGUAUUAAUUACAGUGAGGAGAGCAAAGGCAACAAUAACAUGUCAGCCCAGCUCACAUUGCAACAGUCAGUUAUAUCAAGUAAUGUGAGAAGAGAUCUUAAGCAUUUUGAUAAUGAUACAGAAAGGCUGCAUAUGGCAGCAUCAACGAUCCAGUCCCUUUGGAAGAAGUACCAUGCCAGGAGGAAAAAUAACUGUACCAAAACAAGGAAUGAUCAUUUUACAGAGGUUUCAAGACGGAAGAAUGAAGCUGCCACACUAAUCCAGGCAUCUUGGAAGGGUUUUCUUUUGCGAAGGAAACUGGCCAGUGCUCUUGCAGCUGUUAAAAGUGAUGAAGUGGAGGCCGAAUAUGAAGAAAUAAAUGUGGAUGAUUUCAUGUUUUAUGAAGCUGCAUUAGAAAAGGAAUGGCUAACUCUAGAUUCCACCCGUUUCCCUUCAAAAACACUCCUGUUCUCAAACCAGCUGCACUGGCCAAAGUAUUCCAGGCCCUUAAAUUCCAGUGAACAUUCAAACAAUUUGCAGUUGUCACCACAAGCACUUUGGCAGCAUGUUGACAGACCACAUUUAUAUUCACCAGAAAAUCUCCACUUUCAUGGAAGUUCAGAGAAGGGAACAGUGUCACAGCUCUUUGACUUGAAAGAAAAAAAUAAAUUUUCAUUCAGAUCUGGAAAAGAAGAAAAAAUUUCAGAAGAAUGGGGUUUUAAAGACAUUUCUACUGCACAGCUAAUGCUGAAGAGGGCUCAUAAAAUGAAGCCCAGAAAGUACAGUAAUAAAAAAGUAGACCCAGCUGUGCGCCUGGCGUUGUUCAAAAACAAUGAAAAUAAACAUCUCCAUGUGAAACCACCAAGGAAGACAUGGCCUGCAAAUGCUGCUUACUUUGAAGAAUCCUGAGGGAAAGUUUGUUCAGAGAUGUGGCUGCCUUGAGGAUGGUGAUGCUAUUCAGACAUUUCUCCAGUUUUAGUAUACCUUGAUGUGUUCACUGAACCAGACUUUGGAGAAGUUCAAAGAUUUCAGAAUUUCAAGAACUGUGUUACAAGAUACAGAAAAAAAUUUACUCAUGUAUUUACUUAUGUAUAUUUUUUGUAUUCUUAUUGCUAAUUCAUAUACCAUUUUCCAGUUGCUGUAUCAGUACCUCUAAUGUACUGCUUUUCAUGUACUGUAUUUAGCUUUACUGAUCUGAAAAGAAGAAAAAUCUUGCUACAUCAUACAAAUGUUAUAUAUUUUAUAAUUAAAAGAUUUUCUGUCUAUUAAUAUUUCUCCAUUGUUUUAAAGGAUUCUGUUCACCUUUUUUGGUCAGAUUAUUUUGUGUUACAAUUUAUCUAUCUUGUAUGAAAAAAAAAAAAGAAACUAUAUUAGAGUCUUUCUUACAAAACAUUCUCUUAUUAGAGAGAGGUAAAAAGCAGACAUUGUCCUGUUACUUUAAAACUUGCUAAAAAUAUGAUGUUCGUUCUCCAUGACAGUGACUGUUACAAAUCCUAACUGCUUUGUUCAGUUAAUUUUUUAUUUAUAUAUUUUUUAAGAAUUCCCAUGCAAGGUACUAUAAUUUUAAUAGAGUAGUUUAGUCUGUAAGAUUGUAAAACUUAUCUGUUUCAUUAUUCUGAUGUAAAAUGUAUAAAGUUAUCUACUGAAGUUCUUUAAUUUCAAGUGUGAGUUCACUUAUAUAAUUGGACUUUAUGUGCUUAUUGUCCUUUUUGAAUCCUGUGCUAAUUGCAGAAGCUUAAAUAAGUGGCUACGAAUAAGCAAAGUUAGGAAUGGACAACUGUUUUACCUGUUGUUGAACAAUCAGGCAAAACAAACUAUACUUUUAAGUUUAUUAUUUAUGGCAAAUAUAAAUAGAAUGCACAUGAGGCAAAUUCAAUGAUUCAGAAUCAUCAUGGUAUUUAACUUAUGUAUAUGUCAGCAAGGUGGAGGGUUUAGUGAAAAAUUUAGCUUAGAGGUUUAGUAAGAAAUAAACUAAUUUAAACCCACCUACUCCAAUAAUAAAAUAUUAACAAUCAAGCAUGUUCAUUUUCUCAUUAAAAAAUGAUUUAAAUAAAGGUCAAAACAAAAUUCCCUGACAGAACAGGAGGAUCCAGGGUAAAAUUAGUCCUUUUUCAUUAUUCAGUGAAAUAAAUCAUUCAGAUCUUCUUUGCAUAGAAAAAAAUAUGCAGUUGUAACAAUAACUGAUUCAACAUCAAUAUAAUUAAGUUCAAUUCCCCUAGGGCUAAAUACUCUUGAAUGUGUGUUGAUGUAACUAAAAUGAUGUGCUAUGUUUAAAUUAUUGCACUUUUCAAGUGUUUAUAAGCUGAAAAUUUCAAUCUAGUUUGUAAAGAACUCUAUAAAAGUACUAAGCUCUUUGAAGAACACCAAUUAAGAAUUAGUCUGGGGAAACUUGCCAGCAAAUCAUGUUUUUGUGUUUUUGCUUUUGUUUUCACCUGUACUUUACAAAGGGAAUUCCCUUUUUUUGAA